AAUGCUACUUGCUAUAUUUUUCACUCACCUCAAAUGUUCCUACCUUUUCUUUCCCAUCAUGCCUCCCUCUACGCAUAAAUCAUAGUACCCCACACCUUCUUUCAACACCUGACCGCUUCGGCUCUCCGCAAUUUCCCUCUUUUUUCCUUCACAUUUCACUCACGCAUUUCAUCGAACACAUUCUCUCAUCGGAUUCCGAAACGCACUGGCUGAAAUCGUGUUAGGGAGCUCGAUUAUCUGUAGAUUCUGCCACAUUUCUUUCUAAUUUUGGCGGUAAAGAUCUGAUUUUUUUUCAACAUUGAGCUCAAUGAGCUGAAUUUUGAAGGGAUUUUGAUGGAUUUGAGCUGUGCGUUGCGUUGAUGGAGAUGGAUUGUUUAAUGAAAUGACAAAUUGAGUGGAAUUGAAGAUUGCUCCUGUGAGCACCAACUGUUUGUAUUUAUUCACUUUUUUGGAGGUGUUUGGCUUUUUUGGAGAAUAUAUCUGGUUUUGCAGAGCUGUUGAUGACUAGGCAUAGUUGGUAGCAUUUUGUUUGAUUAUUGAGGAGAGAGAUGGCAGCACAGUUCUUGCAUUCUUUGAUAGAUGAAAAACAAGAUUUGCAGAUAGGGUGUAUGAAUGGGAUCUUUCACAAGUUUGAUCGUCAACACAUGCUGAGAAACACCACUAAGAGGCUGCCUCCGCGUCCCGGAAGUUCCCACAUCAGCAGUAGUGAUACAUUGCAGAGGGAUUCAAAGUCCUCAUCACAGGAUAAGAAUCAUUACAAGAAUAUGCAAGACCGAGGAAGUUACUCCAUUGAAUCAUCAAUGGCAUCUUUCUCUUCUUCAUCUCGUUCAUCGUCGUUCUCUUCUCUAGACUGUAACAAAGCUGCCCAGAUGGAAGCUGGAUCGUUUGACAGAAUGAUUUUUCCCGAAACACCUUCAAGUGACUCGGCAAUGAUCGUGCAGCCCCAGUAUAGGCGACACAGUCUUGACCUUCGAGAUCUGGUGAAGGAGUCGAUUUAUAGGGAAACUCAUGGUUUAUCGAUGAAAGCCAAGCCUACUGAGAGAGCUGCAGUUCCAUUCGUGUCAUCAAAAACCAGUGAUGGUGGCGACAAGACGUCUGCUGAUGUCAAGGAAUCUCUGAGAAUUCUCACUAAGCUUCAAGAAGUGCCUCGCUAUAGCAAUGAGCCCGGAGCACUUUUUAGAUCAUCGUCCCUUUCAAUAUCAAGAGACGCCACUCGUUUUUCUUAUUACGGAGAUGGUUCCAAUUCUUCUUUGAAGCUUAGAGACCUUCCAAGACUUUCAUUGGACAGUAGGAAGAGCUCGAUGCGGAGUGUGGGUGUGGUCCAAGGGAAGGUUCAGUCACGCCCUCCGAGCGUUGUUGCAAAGCUGAUGGGUUUGGACUCGUGGAAGGAGCCCAUCUCGCCACGAUGGAUGAACUCUGAUGGUUCAGUGAAACCUGUGUUGCGGCUUCCCAUUGAGCCAGCACCUUGGAAGCAUAACGACGGGACGAGGACUUCCCAGAAACCAGCAUCCAAAAGUGCAAAGGCGCCUACCGUGUUUCCUUCUGUUUACAGUGAGAUCGAGAAGAGAUUGGGAGAUCUCAAGUUCAUGGAGUCGGGGAAGGAUCUUAGAGCACUUAAACAGAUACUGGAAGCCGUGCAAGUAAAGGGACUCUCGGAAACGCCAAAGGGGCUCUCGAGAUCAGUAGACCAGCGAAAACUACCGGCUGAUAAAGUGCUUGCUGUCGCAAAGAGAAAGGCCGUUGCUGCACAAAACCACGAGUCUCCUAUCGUGGUCAUGAAACCGGCUAAAUUAGGUGAGAAAUCUGGUAUAUCUGCUGACAAAAGAAAAGGUUCGAACAACAGCAGGGCGAAGUCUAGUGAACGAGAGAGUGCUCCAAAUUCUGUCGGUAUGAGAAACAACAGAACUCUAAGGACCACUCAGGCUAAAGAGGGGUCUGCAGGGUCGGGUAAGAUCUCUGGAUCAGUCGGCCCGAGAGUGCAAGAGAAGAAGCUCGAACCGGAGAGAAGGUCUCGACCUCCCACCCCUCCCAAUUCAAGCAAGUCAAGAAGGCAGCCAAACAAGCAACAGGCAGAGUCCAAUUCUCGCGGUGGAAGACCACGAAGACCAAAGCAUAGUUCUCCUCAGAAAAGCGAUGAUCAGCUGAGCGACGUCAGCGUUGAAUCAAGAAAUUCAAGCUUCUGUGAAAUUGAAGAUUCUGUUGAGUCGAAUGUCGAAUUAAAUAGCUCUGAAAGAUCUCCGGGGGCAACCGGUUUCGAUAGUUCAUCUUCAAAGGCUGAAUCUAGUUAUGUUCCUCCCAAGUUCUCUAGCCCCGUCUCGGUUCUUGACAAUGCAGUGUUCGCACACGACUCUCGUUCUCCUGUGAAGUACACAGGGAAGACCCUCAAAUUUAACGAGAGGGAUUCGAACGAUGUGGAACGGAGCUCAACGGUGAGCUUCGUUUCCAGCUCCACGGAUUCUGGCUCUGCAGUUGACUACAUGAGGGAAAGACUUCUGAACAUUGAUAACUUAGUUCAGAAGCUCAGAAGGGUCAACUCCAGCCACGACGAGGCGCAGACAGACUACAUCGCCUCGUUGUGUGAGAACGACGAGAACCCGGACCACAGAUACAUCUCUGAGAUCUUACUAGCUUCUGGCCUCCUCCUUCGGGACCUUGGCUCAAACCUGACGGAUUUCCAGUUUCAUCAAUCCGGCAAUCCCAUAAACCCCGAGUUGUUCCUAGUCUUGGAGCAGACAAAGGCGAGCGCUUCAUCCAAAGACGAGUCCUUCAACUCCACAACCCGGUCGUCAUUGGAAACAAACGAAAAGCUGCGGAGGAGAUUAAUAUUUGAUGCUGUCAACGAGACUCUCGCAAGAAGAUUGGGUCCGGAAUCCAAGCCUUGGCAGAGCCCGGUUAAGCUAGCAAGGAGGGCGUUGAAUACUCAGAAUCUGCUGAAAGAACUGUGCCGCGAGAUUGAAGAGCUAGAGACGAGGAGUCCAAUGUGCAGUUUGGGUGAAGAGGACGACGGGUGGAAAGCCAUUUUCGGCCACGACCUGCUGCUCCAGUCGGACAACUGGAUGAGGUUUGAUGCUGAUGUUUCAGGGGUCGUUCUCGACAUUGAGCGGCUCGUUUUUAAGGAUUUGAUCGAUGAGAUUGUGCGUGGAGAGGCUGCCGGCUCGAUCGCCAAACGAGGUAGCCGGAAACUCCCUGGAAAGUGAUUUGCAUCCUUGAGCUUGCUGGUGUUCUGCAUUCUCUACCUUACAUAGGAACUUGGCAUAAUGGAUUGUAGAGAUAUAUUGAUUUUUAUUGAUUAUAGAGUAACUAUGAAGACUAACAUUCAACUUCAAAUUUUUUCAAGAAGACUAUUGAUUAUUUGAUUUUACUAGUUAUGGUAGUCUCAUUUGUGUGCUUGAGAUUAAAAUGGUAUGUAAACAUUCCAACAUUGAUGUGAAUUACAAAAAUACAAUUCGUUACCCAUCUAGAGUCGAUGGGCUUGUUUA